UCAUACCAGAAAAAAAAACCUACUAGUAUAGCGCCAGUCCUUUCCAUUCCUCCUUCCCGCUUCCCUUCAGCCUUGUGGCCAACGUCCACGGCAUCUUUCUUUUCUUCUCUCGCAUUGAUCGCACGCUGCGGAAACGGACACUGUUCAACAGCUUCAACAGCGACCGGGGCCACUGUCCAAGUCAACCGCUACCCUGGCGAUGCCUCCACCAGUGCCCACUACCGCUUCCGAACGUUCCGCCGCCGCCAUCACCGCCGCCGCACCGACCCCCGCCCGCCGAGGACACACAGCCCAUUGAGCGCACGUCGCGUCGCACCGCACUCUGUCUUUGCCCUUGCCUUUCUUCCCAUCUUCCCUACGCAUAGCUCUCGCCAAUCUUGUCGUUUCUCGCUGCCGUCGACCGGCACCGAGACCCAGCCUCUCCUUCGACCAUGUACCACGUACACCGUCUCUCCAUUUUCGUCGCCUGCUUCCUCUGCCUGUCCUUCAUCGCCGGCACCCUUCCUCGCUACUUGAACCCGGCGCAAACCGACAAGGAGAAAGCCGCUGAGGACAAGCUGUGGGUCAGCAGCAGUCGCUACUGGCUCGACCGCCAGGCCUGUCGCUGGCUCAGUCUAUGCGGCAUCCACCACCUGACCUGGGACCCCGCCGCCCUGCUGCCUUGGAACAACAACAGCACCGACGACGGCGAGCUUUUCGCCGAGCGCCUGGAGCUGCGCUCUCUCGGAGACGACAAUGAGAGGCACGCCGGUUGGGAGGUUGCGGGCCGCACAGCAAGAGGACAGCGAGCCGACCGUGGCAACGUUCUCCAGCAGACACCCGACUACGUCCUCAAGUAUGCGCCGCUCGUUCACCUCUACUCUAAGGAGAACUUCUGGCCCUCAGAUAUCGCCGAGCACGUUCAGCACAUGAUUCCCUAUCUCGAAACCGAAGCACUCAACAGGACUGCCCUGUUGGAUGACCUGCACGAACUCAACGGCAUGGAUGGACAGGUCUUCUUGACCGCCGACGUCGACGUUGAAUCGAGACCCGAGUGGCUCCACAGCCACUCUUCUAUUCCUCACACCUGGAGAGAGGACAACGAGGAGCCCCAUUACGACUAUGUCGACGACGGUGCCCCCUCGAACCAGCCCGGUGGCCAGCAUCACCCCAACCAGGACACGACUUGGUACGACGUCUCGCGCGGCCAUCCCGUCAACCGCAUCUCCGACCCUCGCCGCCUUGGACAGCAGUUCUCGCCCAAGGGCCGCAAGCCCGUCCUGGAUCGCAAGACUGGCUUCGUCCGCCGCGAUCAGCAACCCAUGCCCGCUGACCCCACGCCCAUCAACAAGCCUCACGCUGACGGCUACUCCAAAGCGCCAGCCGUCUUGAUCCUCGUCGACAAGGGUGACGGUAUCGUCGACGCUUUCUGGUUCUUCUUCUACUCGUACAACCUCGGACAGACCGUCGCCAACAUUCGCUUCGGCAAUCACGUUGGCGACUGGGAGCACUGCAUGAUGCGCUUCGAGCACGGCAUCCCGCGUGGCAUCUUCUUCUCCGAGCACGAGGGCGGCCAGGCGUACACCUACAACGCCGUCGAGAAGCGGGGCGACAGACCUGUCCUGUACUCCGCUGUAGGCAGCCACGCCAUGUAUGCUCAGCCCGGCUUCCACCCCUACAUCCUCCCCUUCAAGCUGCUUAAGGAUGUCACCGACCGCGGCCCGCUAUGGGAUCCCGCCAAGAAUACGUACUCGUAUUGGUACGACUAUGAGCGCGAUGUCGAUGACGGUCUCGAUGUCGAUGCCGACGUGGACGGCGAGGUUGAAUAUCUGCUCUCCCGUAAGGAUGCCGACGCUUCUUCGUUGACGCCCACCGCCGAGAACCCAGAAGCCCCGACCAGCUGGUUCCACUACGCAGGCCCAUGGGGAGACCAGGUCUACUCCCUCGCCGACUUGCGCCAAUGGCGCCUCUUCAGCCAGUAUCACUAUGUGACCGGGCCACUAGGUCCCAAAUUCAAGCGUCUUGGCCGCGAGAAGCUCUGCAUCACAAACCGCUGCCGCAUCCUCGACAGACUCAAGCCGGGCCAGACCUGGUACUAGCUUCGGUUUCGCUCUGUCAAAUUGACGGCUUUGAUUUCUGUCUUGUGUUUCUUGUUUUCAUUGCUAUCUUCUCUUUUGCGAGACCAUAGACUUGCACCACCACUCGAACACGCUCUCUCACGAAUUGCACGAAUCACGCUCUUUCAACGACCAUUGCAUCGCAUGCAAACAUAACCAUGUUACACUCAUUUACGAAACAUGCCGGAUGUCAAUCCGGCCCGGCGCACUAGACAUGAGAAACGCAUACAUCGGGUACGCUCCUUCGCGGUAGAGAAGACGUCACAAAAUCGACGCGGCAUGGCACGGCGCGGUCACUACCCGCCUGUGCCUCAAGGGAGUUAGUUUUCAAAUUGGCUGGGGUUUUUGGGAGGGGGGGAUCCAACUCGGACCAGGCAGACGCACGUAUCUCUCUCUCUCUCUCUCUCUCUCACACACACACACAAGGGUCUCAUGCCGCUACUUGGAGUUUUGAUAUACGUUUUUGGUUAUUUCGGUUCUGAUUCGGGAGUUGUCUCUCCUCCAAGGCUUGUACAUACACCACAGACGCAUGGCUCGUUGCUCAGCUCGGGCUCUGAUACCCCCUCCUUUCUUAUCUGAUACCGACCGUCAUAGACCGAAUAUCCAACAUCUGUUCUUUUCUGUUCAGCAUG